AUGGACUAUGCUUCCAUAUUAAAGUCUCUGGCACGGGAGGCUGGUAUUGCCGUGCCAUCUAACGCUUUCUCGAAAUCACGUUCACAUUCAAGUAUCAUGGAGGAAAGUCAGUGUUCAAGGUGCGGUGAGUCACAAACUUCUGUUGGCUGGUGCAAGGCUUGUGACACUGCCAAGUUGAAAGCACAAUUCGGUAACUGGACAAGUGGCAACGAGGAUCUUGACAACUUCAUAAGAGACACUCAGAUAAAUGCAAACACACCCUUUGAUUUCAUCCGAUGGAUCCCUUUUGAAAAUUUUGAGCAACUGGAGUUUGUUGCAAGAGGUGGUUUCGGUUCUGUUUACUCGGCAAAAUCCGAAAAUUGGGGAAAAGUAGCCUUAAAAUUUCUCGACAAUUCCGAAGAACUCACCCAGGAUUUUCUUGAUGAGCUUCGAGCUCAUCACCGAUGUAGUCUUGGAUCAGGUAUAAUCGACUGCUAUGGUGUUAGCAAAGAUCCGGAAACCAAUAGAUAUGUUAUGGUAAUGAGAUAUGCGGAGCAAGGAAAUCUUCGUCGUUACCUGACUCAAUAUUUCUCGGAAUUAUCUUGGGACACGAAAAUCGAGCUAUUUGAUCGUAUUGCCAAAGGUCUUCAAGGAAUCCAUGACGCCGGUUUGGUGCAUCGCGAUUUUCAUAGUGGAAACAUCCUAAGGCAUGAAAAAUUAGUUUACGUGACCGACUUGGGGAUGUGUCGUCCGGCGAACGAGUCGGUCGACGCAAAGAAAGUCUAUGGUGUUCUGCCCUAUGUAGCUCCGGAGGUUUUAAGAGGUGAGCCUUAUACGCAAGCCGCCGAUAUAUACAGUCUAGGCAUGAUAAUGUGGGAGAUGUCAUCCAAUGAACCACCAUUCGCCGACCGGGCUCAUAACUACCUUUUAGCCCGUGAUAUUUGUGAGGGCCUGAGGCCACCAAUUAUCUCCGGUACUCCGAAAGGUUAUGUCGCCGCCAUGCUUCGGUGCUGGGAUGCUGAUCCGCAUAAGAGACCAUCUGCUUCAGAAUUAUUAAACGUUUCGUAUAAAUGGCGUUACCUGUCGGACGGUAAUGCUCCCUUCCAAGGUCCGAAAACCAACAAGAAGGUAAAAACCAGCCCUGUAGUUAGAUCAAGUCCUACCAAUGCUCAACACCCGCAAGCUUUCUACACUAGUCGACUAUUGCACUAUCCAAACCUCCCGGAACCAAAGAAUUCCGAUUAUUAUACACUUUUUGAUUCUUCAUCCGGAGAAAUAUACACAAUGGUCCGAAAACAAUCCAACAAGAGAGAACCUCCAAGGCCAAUUACUGAUUUGGCCACACCCAAGCCCAGACCCAUCGUGGCCACUGUUGACAAGGGCAAAGAAAAGGAAAAGACCAAUGAUAACAAUUCAUCUGGCCAUCGAAGAGAAGCGACACGAAGCAUGACCAUGGGGAAAUAUGACAAAGACAUGCUCGAAAGAUUAAGAGCCGAACGUAAAAAACUGGCAUUAUAUCGAUGGUCAUCUGUUAUCAAUGAAGUUCCUCAGCAAGUUGAAUUUGCAUCACUUAGUGGCAAAGUUCACAAAGAUUGA